CUUUAUCCCACAAAAAUCUCCGACCACUGCUCUGCCCUGAUCUCCCUCUCUUCUUCUUCUUCAGAAAAAAGAACGAACGAACCAAUCCAUCUCUCUCACAGACCAUAUUGCUGUCUCCAUUCUUCUCCCUGCAGAUCUCUCUCGAUCAAGAUCAUCAUCUCCCUUUCUUGUAGACAGCAAUGGCAAACUCGGCUUCUGGCAUGGCCGUGAGCGAUGAAUGCAAGCUUAAAUUCAUGGAGCUUAAGGCGAAGAGAAACUACCGGUUCAUCAUGUUCAAGAUUGACGAGAAGAUCCUAGAAGUGGUUGUCGAGAAGGCUGGGGGUCACGACGAGACCUAUGACGAUUUCACUGCAUCCUUUCCUGCCAAUGAGUGCCGAUAUGCUGUCUUAGACUUUGACUUCACAACCAUCGAGAACUGCCAGAAAAGCAAGAUCUUCUUCAUCGCAUGGUCGCCUGAUCCAGCGAGGAUCAGGAGUAAGAUGCUCUACGCGAGCUCAAAGGACAGGUUCAAGAGAGAAUUGGACGGCAUUCAAGUUGAGUUGCAAGCUACGGAUCCGAGCGAGAUGAGCCUUGAUGUCAUUAGAGGGCGAGCUUUCUAAUGAAUUAAUUAAUUUCUAAGAUUUCAGGAUUUGCUUAUACUCAUCUAUUCUUUUCUGGUUCACCUGCCGCAUAUUGAUCAAUUGUUAAACCUCUUGUUUUUUGGAAAGCAAAGUCAGAUUUAGUGAGGAGGGAUAGUGUUAAAAAAAAAAAAAGAUCAUAGUUUGUGCCUUGGGUGCAAUCACAAGUAAA